AAUGAAUUGCUUUUGAUCCCAAGUUGCUGAACAACUUACUGAUGGGUUAUUUCCUGAUGGGGGAGGACGUUUAACACCAAUUUGGAAUCACUCUUCACCUCCCUUUCAGAGUGCAGAUUUGGGACUGGGUGGUUUUAAUCUUUAUUUUUUUGGUGGAUGUAUAUGCUGUCGCUGGUUAGUAUGAUAUCUCCAGAUUUAAUUAUGAGAGGGACCUCUUUUUAGACUGAACUUUACUUAAACGGGUGUGUCAGUGCUGAAAGGGGUGUUUUCGGUGAGAUUUGGGUCGGACUGGACGUGUCUUGAUUUUUGGUGGGGUUUGAAUCGUACCGACUUUACUGAUUGCUCCAAGCGGGUGUACACCCUCGGAAAGGAUUAUAUUGGUGGUGAUAAGGAAGUGUGCAACACAAGUAUGAAUUCAAGGCUGGAGGUAAUGAAAUCUGUGCUGGAGGAGCUGCAGGAUGCUACGGAAUAUUUUGGGCUGGAUGAACUUUACAGCACUGCUCUGAGAGCGGAGAGGGAGCUUUCUGCCUAUCCUUUACCUCAGGGGUGCAUGAAGCUGUCCCUUGACAGCAUCGAGGUUGACCCUGUUGCCAGGGGCCUCUACCCUGAAGAUGCCCCCAGAGAUAUGCUUCCACUGGUCUGUAAGGGGGAAGGCAAUCAUCUUUUUGAUGCUGCCAGUGUGUUGCUGUUUGGCGAUUGCAGCCUUUCGUUAGAGCUGCAGCUCAGGACCACGGUUGAGAUGCUUCUGCAUAAACAAUAUUAUUUAAAGGGCAUGAUUGACUCAAAGGUGAUGUUGCAGGCUGCAAGGUUCUCCCUCUGUACUGAAGAAUCUGCAGAGAAAAUGAACUUACCAAUGGCGGUUCUGGAAGCAAUUUUUGAUGCAGACAUUAAGGCAACAUGUUUUCCUGGCACUUUUGCAAACAUGUGGCAUAUUUAUGCCCUGGCUUCUGUACUAUAUUGCAACAUUUAUUCCAUCUACCCAAUGAGCAACCUGAAGAUAAGACCGUACUUUAACCGUCUCAUUCGCCCAAGAACAUGUCUUCAAGCAUCAGAGUUGUUGACCCUCCAUAUUAUGUGGUCUGGAGACCAGUUAUCUCUAGCAGUCUUUAAACCUCAGUACUUUGUGCCUGUAAUUCCUACCAUAGACUUGGACAGCACAAAUCCUGACUCUGCAGUUCUGCCUGUAGCAACCUUAGAACUUUUAAACACUGAUCCUGAAGUCACUUAUUCCAGCCUUAGAGACCGGUAUAGCAUCACUAAAAGCACCUUCUACCGCUGGAAAAGACAAUCCAAGGAACAUCGGCGCAAGGCAGCAAGCAGGUAUGAGGCAAAGCAUGUCCUUCAGUCAUGUUUGCAGGCAGGCUCCAUCAUUACCCUACAGCAUUUCAAGAAGAUGUUUCCUGAUAUAUCUCGUUCUACGUACUAUUCCUGGAAACACGAAAUGUUACAGAGUAGCAUGGAUGGCCAAACAGUACUCGAUGAGAAUUCAUAUUUCAACAUUGAUAGCCAGCUAAAACGUGAAGCGGAGAUGAAUAAAGACUAUAUUGAAAAGCUAAAGAACAAUCUUGUUAAUGGCUGUAUACAGGAUCGGGACCAAGCAGUAAUUAUGCAAGAUGCAAAGAAGUUUUUGUGGGAGGCAAUUUCGUUAAACAAUUUGGUUCCAUAUAGGAAUUUCAAGAGGAGCUUUCCUGGAAUUUCCAGGUCCACCUACUAUAACUGGAGAAGAGAAGCCAUCCGUGCAAACCCAAACUUCCAGUUCUCAGAUGCAAUAGUUAAUGGUAGCGAUUCUCAUAGUAUUGACAAGAGCCCGUCUAGUGAAUAUAUGUUUUCACCAGUGCAAAAACAAUCCCAGAACUCAACUAAUGGACAGCAAAGUUUCAUAAAUCAUUUCAAGAAUGCAUUUUUCAAACUGAGGCUGUCCUGCUAUGAGAGGCACAAGAAAAUCCGUGAGGAGGCUAGGAAGAGAGUUCAGAAGUGGAAGAUGCCUUUCUGUCUGUUUCGUGCAAAAUAUCCAUCAAUUUCAUGUUCAUCAUACUGGUUCUGGAUGAAGGAAGCACAGAGAAAGGCCAAACCUUUCAAGUCUCCAGAGGAAAAUGUGGUGCCAGUCUUCUCUCAGCCAACUAAAAUGGUACCUGUGACCCAAAUUUCAGCGGCUGAUAAACUGCCGGAGCAGAAGUCACUCAGUCCCUACAACGCCACAAUUUCUGGAUACAGUGUGCUAGAGAAUGGGGGAGGGGACAAAAUGUUUGUGCAAGAGAUUAUGGCUAGUGAGCAUUUUAAGGCCAAAGCAAAACUCUUUCUUCAGGAGCGUUAUUUGGCAAGCAAAUUUCCCACAUACAAGGAGUUUCGAGCCCACUUCCCCUUCACACCACGAUCCACAUACUACAUGUGGAAGAGGGCACUUUUUGAUGGGAUGGUCUUGGUAGAUGCAUAAAAUGUACUGAAAGAAACCAGAACUUAAUCUGAAAAGUCUUUAAGAACUUUUUUUUUGAAUUUAAUGUAUGUACAUACACUGUACACUUUUUUUCUUUUUUUUUUUUGUACUCUCUAGAGUUAACACUUGGAACAUAAAUAUGAGACCAGAACCAUGAUUUACAUUCUUUGGUAUCUACAAGAGUAUUGUUAACAGUACUUUGUCAAGCCAGCUGGUGAUUUACUAAACAAAGCUUGUUUCAUUGUGAUUUUCAUGUGGGACUUUAACAUAAUUGUGUUCAGAGUGUUCAGAGUGCUUUGACCCACAUUAUGAUGAUGAAAAAUUCAUGUUUCCCCCGUAUGCUCACUGUGUGAGAUGGGAGUGUUGAGUUACGAUGGAAAUGCCUGUGAAGAGCCAUUUACUCUUGAGUGAGAGGAAUCGUAACUAGUUCUAAUUCCAUGCCACCAAAACUGUCUGAACACUCUUAUUCUGAUGCCCGCUGAGGAGUUUAGUGUAAGGAUGCAGUCUGCUAAGUGCUAACAAAUGUUUGAAAGUAUGUAACAUGACAUAAGUGGUAGAAAAAACGCUGUGCAGGUGCACAAAGUCAAAACGUAGGUGAAAUUCUUGUAUAAUUUGAAUAAAUGGUUUGGAUGAAUUUGCUUUGAA